UCUUUUUUGCCUUUUAUUUGUUAAAAAAUUUGCCAACUCGAUUUGUAUUUCACCUUUCUUGCCCAUUAUUUUUCUAUUUUCAGUUUAUUUUUAAAUUAAAAUGCUUUCAAAUAAAACCAAUCAUCAAACAAAUGACGGGAAAAAUUUGAUUACCUCAGAAUCCAAUCCUGAACAGACUUCAACGCUCGAUGAGCCUGAUACCCUUCAACAUUCUCAAUCUGACACUUUUAUUAAUUACAAACCUCCAAGGCUUCGUUGUGGGUUGGAACAUCCAGAUGAAGUUGUUGAGACCCUUUCGCUAAGCAGUGUUUCAUCCCCUGAGAUACGUUAUACUUUGGCUAUUUCUGAUGAAUUGGUAUAUUUUUAA